AAACAUUGAUCCUGCGAGAGCACCGAUUCACAUCAUUUCAAUAAUAUUAGAUUGCUGAAAUGCAAAAGUAUUUUCCCUGCCGCCUACCAAAAAUAAAUAAUUCUCAAUCGUUGUGAAAAGUUACAGUUGCAAUAAGAACGUUCAGCAAGACUCAACAUCAUUUCUAGACACUGCGUUACGUUGUGAAAUACCAUUGUUUUCCAGCAUAAAAUCUAAUUUCUUUUGCAAUGUGUUGCUCGACAUACUGAUUGAGUUACAGGUUUAUUAAUGCUACGCAACUCGUUUCAUCGUUAAAGCUGUUUUUGUGCAUGGUUAUGUAAACAUUUACCGCUGUUUUACGGUGAGGAACUAAAUUUCAACGAACAAUCAUCAUGUACCGGUUGGGAAGAUGCAAGCAAAUUUUGAACCACAGCACGUUGAUGUAUGUAGUUCGUAGAUUGCAACCUAUCGUUUCUGUGACAAAUAGUACGGGAACCGAAAGACUGGACUGCGGUUUGAUAUGGCGUGAGCACAACAAAAAUUCCAACGUGCGGAAUGAGAAGCUCGCUGCUGGAGACAUCCAGCAAUUCAACCCACGGAAACAACUGAAACUACUGCAUACCGAACAACGUGCCUUUAUAAGGAUGCUGUGCAGCUCCAGCUCGAUACCUUCGUACGUGUUUGCUCGACACCUGCACACAACCGCAUCGCGUCUGAUGGGAAGCAAUAAACAGCAGCCUGAUCGGGACCCGGGGGAUCCAAACCGUGGAAAUAAGAAAAACGAUGAGGAUGAUAAGGAGAAAAUGAUGUCGGUAGUGACGAAAACGCUGAUCUGGAUGAUCACCAUCUACCUACUGGUAGGCUUUCUUACCAUGGUGAUACCAUCGAAAAAUCGACCGGAGUCGGCAACCCGGUAUGUCAGCUGGCACGAGUUCGUACACCACAUGCUGGCGGUCGGCGAAGUGAAAGAGGUGGUCGUGCAUCCGGACAUGGAGAUGGUUACGAUCAUCCUACACGACGGUGCCAUCGUCAAGGGACGGCGAGUGCAGUCCAACAUAUUUCAUAUGGCCGUCGCGGAUGUCAAUAAGUUCGAGGAGAAGUUGCGCUCCGUCGAGCAACGUUUGGGCGUGACGGAGGGAGUGUCGGUGCAGUUCGAGCGCAGUGGCGACGUCAGCGGGCGGAUCUUGUUCACCCUUUUUGCCACCGGGGUGAUUAUCGCGCUGCUAAGCCGCAUCCGGGGUGGGCGGGGUCCAAUCUCGAUGGAUAGUUUCACGCAAAUGGGCCGCGCCAAGUUUACGCUGGUGGACCCGGUCGAGGGUGGAAGGGGCGUGUGGUUUAAAGACGUCGCGGGGCUACAGGAAGCAAAACAGGAGGUGAUGGAAUUCGUAGACUAUCUCAAGUCACCCGACCGAUACCAACGACUAGGAGCUAAAGUACCCAAAGGAGCUCUUCUGUUGGGUCCACCCGGAUGUGGCAAGACCCUGCUGGCCAAAGCGGUAGCUACUGAGGCACAGGUCCCGUUCCUUAGCAUGAACGGCUCGGAGUUUAUCGAGAUGAUCGGAGGGCUUGGGGCGGCUCGGGUGCGUGACCUUUUUAAGGAAGCGAAGAAACGCUCACCUUGCAUUAUCUACGUCGACGAAAUAGAUGCCAUUGGGCGUCAGCGGGAGGGCUCUGGUGGUGGUGCUGCUGGCGGCAUGAACUCGGGUGAAUCGGAGCAAACGCUAAACCAGCUGUUGGUGGAGAUGGAUGGUAUGGCAAGCAAGGAGGGCGUGUUGAUGCUAGCCAGCACCAACCGGGCGGACAUCCUAGACAAGGCGCUGUUGCGCCCGGGACGCUUCGAUCGCCACAUUCUCAUCGAUCUUCCGAAUCUAGCGGAGCGGAAGGAAAUUUUCGAAAAGCACCUCUCAGUAAUUGCGCUUGAGCGACCACCUGCAACCUACUCGGCUCGCCUAGCCACGCUCACUCCCGGUUUUUCAGGUGCUGACAUUGCAAACGUGUGCAACGAGGCAGCGUUACACGCUGCCCGCACGAACCAGACUUCAGUGACGACUCGCAACCUGGAAUAUGCGGUAGAAAGACUAGUUGGCGGUACGGAAAAACGGUCGCAUGCCCUUUCACCAACGGAACGACGCGUAAUUGCAUUCCACGAAUCGGGUCACGCGCUCGUCGGCUGGAUGCUGCCCAACUCGGACGUUCUGCUGAAAGUAACCAUCGUGCCACGGACAAGCCUGGCGCUCGGCUUCGCCCAAUACACGCCGAAGGAGCAAAAGCUCUACACCCGCGAGCAGCUGUUCGACAAAAUGUGCAUGGCACUGGGUGGCCGGGCAGCGGAAAAUCUUACCUUCAACCGAAUAACAACGGGGGCACAGAACGACCUCGAGAAGGUGACUAAGAUGGCAUACGCUCAAAUCAAAUAUUUCGGGAUGAAUCGCACGGUAGGUCCGCUUUCGUACGCAGACGAAAGUGAAUCCAGCCCAUACGCACAGAAGCCGUACUCGAAGAGCUUGGGCAAUCUGAUGGACUUCGAAGCGCGCAAGAUGAUCACCGAGGCGUACGAGCGUACCGAAGAGAUCCUGCGCGAGCACUCCGCACUAUUGAACAAGCUGGCUGAGGCACUACUUGAGAAGGAAACGCUGAACUAUGACCAGGUUGUGGAACUGAUAGGGCCACCAAAGUAUGAGGACGCCAAACGAAAGAUUGAACCGGUGGAGUUCGAGGACAGCCUUAAACGACUAGCCAACAAUGGGACGGAGGAAAAAUAAUCAUGCACUAGGAGUGCACAAUAGAUAAAACUAUUGAUGGUCCUAACGAAAGGAGUUUGGGCCACUGUACAUAGCGACCGUUAGGAUCGUUUAUGCUAUCGCUUGUUGCCUGCAAUCAGAUUGUAAAUUUGUUUGAAGUGAAAAUAUCAGUAGUAAAUUAAACAAAUUCGCAUAAAAAUAAAAAAUUAAAACAA